AUUAAAAAAAGAAAAACCCAAUAAUAUUUGUAAUUUAUCCCCCGACAAAGCAAUGUCAAGUGUCAACGUCCCAAGUUGCCAACAAUCCCAAUCCAACGGUCAUGAUCAAAGACUCCGUCGAUUUCCGGUAGCAAAAUACAAGUUAAUAAUUUUUUAUCUUCUACUGUUGAAUGCUAACAGAAUUUUCUUGACCAAUCCAAGCAAAAUGAGAUGAAGAAAAGCUUGAAUAAGUGGUACCCUGAAGAGUUUAACUUGAAGAGUCGAUUCCUAAACAUCAAAUAGGGUUUUAAAUGCCCACGAAUCUAUACCAAAUCACAUCCAAGAUCGUGUCAUUAGCGAGAUCAGGUAGCAUAACAUGUGCUCGCCAAAUGUUCGACAAAAUGCCUCACAGAGACGCAGUCGCUUGGAACGCAAUGCUCUCUAGCUACUCUCAACUGGGUUUUUACCGGGAAGCUCUUUCUCUCUUUCACCAGAUGAGAAUUACAAAUAUGAAGCCCGAUCAAUUUUCCUUCACAGCAACUUUGAAUGCGUGUGCAGGGCUGGUAGAUGUUGGAAAUGGAACCAAAAUUCACUCAUUAGUCAUUGUUUUGGGGUAUCGGUCUUCUUUGACGGUUAAUAAUUCGCUUGUUGACAUGUAUGGGAAGUGUUUAGUUCCUCACUGUGCAAGUAAGGUUUUUGAGGAAAUGGGUUUUGCUAAUGAAGUUACUUGGUGUUCGCUUUUGUUUGCACAUGUGAAUGCCAGCCAGUUUAGCACUGCUCAUGAAGUGUUUUAUUUGAUGCCAAAAAGGGUUCAGAUUGCUUGGAAUAUAAUGAUUGCAGGUUAUGCUCAGAGUGGGGAGAUUGCAAUAUGUAUUGAUACGUUUAGAGAGAUGAGAGAGAAUUUGUGUUGCCCUGAUCAGUGGACUUUCAGUUCUCUAAUGAAUGCUUGUGCUGAAUCAUCCAAAUACUCAGAUGGAUGCAUGGUGCAUGCUUUUAUUAUCAAAACAGGUUGGAGCUCUGCAGUGGAGGCAAAGAAUUCAAUUUUAAGCUUUUAUGCAAAACUAGGUUGCCAGGAUGAUGCUGUGAAGGAGUUUGAAUCCUCUGGAAUGCUCACUCAGGUGUCUUGGAAUGCCAUCCUUGAUGCUUAUAUGAAAAUGGGAAAAACCAGUGAAGCCUUUAAUGUGUUUCAGCAUGUGCUGGAGAAGAAUGUUGUUUCAUGGACAUCUAUGAUUGCAGGAUUCACGAGAAAUGGGGAAGCAGAGGAAUCCCUUGGCUUCUUUGUAGACAUGAUGACAAAUUGUAUACAUCCAGAUGAUUUCACAUUUGGAGCUGUGCUUCUUGCCUGUUCAAGUUUGGCAGUAUUAGGGCAUGGUAAAAUGGUGCAUGGUUGUAUUAUUAGUUAUGGUUUUCAAGCUUAUGCUUAUGUUGGCAAUGGUUUAGUUAACAUGUAUGCUAAAUCUGGGGAUGUCAAGGGGUCAAGGCUUGCAUUUGAUGAUAUUGUAGACAAGGAUCUGGUCUCUUGGAAUACCAUGUUGUUUGGUUUUGGGAUGCAUGGAUUGGCCAGUGAUGCUUUAAAGCUCUAUGAAGAUAUGGUGGCAUCUGGGAUGAAGCCUGAUAAGGUGACCUUCGUUGGAUUGUUGAUGACUUGUAGCCACUCUGGUCUGAUUGAGAAAGGUCGUUCAUUUUUUGAACAGAUGGAAGCAGCAUAUGGGCUUUCCUAUGAAACAGACCAUGUUGCUUGUAUGGUGGAUAUGCUUGGCCGAGGAGGAUAUGUAGCAGAGGCAAAAGAGUUGGCUGGUAAGUACUCUCAUACAAGUGGUGACAAAAGCAGUUCAUGGGAAGCCUUGUUAGGGGCCUGUUCGGCAAAUGGGGAUGUAGAAACUGGGACAUAUGUGGGGCAAGAUCUGAAGAUUUUGGAACCUCAUAAUGAGAUGAGCUAUGUUUUGUUAUCUAACUUAUACUGCACAAGUGGACAGUGGAGAGAAGCAGAGAUUGUUAGGAAAGCAAUGGUGGAUAAAGGGGUAAAGAAAAUACCUGGUUGUAGUUGGAUUGAAGUCAGAAAUAAGGUGAUAGCCUUUGUUUCUGGCAACAAUUUCAAUCUAGAAAUGGAACACUGUACCAUUCCUCACAAGGAGGCUGCAGUGAAGUGUUGUGUUGAGGUGGAUUUAGUAGCAAAGACUAUUUCAGCGCUAUUUCUCCUAUUGAAGAUAGACAGCGAGGGACAUCUAAUACAAGCAGUACUGCUGGUUCACCCUUGGCUGGGAAGCUGUUUGUGGUUAUUGGUGCUGGUGGUGCUGGAAAGGCACUUAUUUAUGGUGCAAAAGAAAAGGAAGCAAGUGUUGUCAUUGCCAAUCGGACCUAUGCAUGUUUUGAAGUACUAUUCACUGGCUUUUGAUGUGGUGUACAACCCAAAAAUAACCAGACUUCUGAGAGAAGCAGAAGAAGCUGGAGCAAUAACUGUUUCUGGGUUGGAGAUGUUCAUUGGGCAGGCAUCUGAACAGUAUGAGAGGUCCACAGGAUUGCUUGCACCAAAGGAACACUCCCGGAGAAAUCAUAUCCAAGUACUAAGUAGGUCUACUUGGCUAAUUUUUCUUGCAUGGUGAUGUUUUUGUUAUUUUCCUCAUUGAUUGUAUAAAUUCAUAUUUCAUUUGUGGAAAUUCUUUUAUAGCCUGAUCAGCUUGAGAGAAACGAAGGGAAUGGAGGGGAGAUUUGACCAAUUAAAUUAAAUUGUUAAGU